UGUUCGUGUUGUGCGUGCAAGUUUGUGUCAAAGCAGAUGGCAGCUCACACGUUUUCCAUGGGCUCAUGACAGCAACUGAGUGGAUGAAAUAAACACAGUUUUCAUCAUAUUCUCCGCUGGACAAUCCAUCUGACGAGUCAACAGCACAACACACAGCUGUGCAGCGUGACCUUUUCUCUCAAUGAUUGUGCGCCAGUUGUGGUGUAGUAGGGGUUUGACUUCUCACCUGUGUGUGGCAGUCAGACUCAACUGGAGAUCUCCAAAGAUGACCAGACCAAGCUCAGAUUUAACAGCAUUUCGUGAGCACUUCGCUAAAGCAAAGCACAUUGCUAUCAUUACGGGGGCUGGAGUGAGUGCAGAGAGCGGUGUACCAACCUUUAGAGGACCGGGGGGCUUCUGGAGAAAAUGGCAGGCACAGGAUUUAGCAACCCCUGAAGCUUUCUCUAGAGAUCCUUCUUUAGUAUGGGAGUUUUACCAUUACAGGCGUGAGGUAAUGCGCAGUAAGAUGCCGAAUCCAGCACAUCUGGCUAUAGCAGAGUGUGAGGCUCGUCUCAGCAAGCAGGGGCGCUCUGUUGUCAUCAUCACUCAAAACAUAGAUGAACUGCACCAUCGAGCUGGCUCUAAACAUGUCUAUGAGAUCCACGGUAGUCUGUUUAAAACCCGCUGUAUGAGCUGUGGAGAAGUCAAAGCAAACCACAAGAGCCCAAUUUGUCCUGCUCUGGAAGGAAAGGGAGCACCAGACCCGAACACCAAGGAAGCCAGAAUUCCAGUCGAGCUGCUGCCUAGAUGUGAAAGGAAGAGCUGUAACGGAUUGCUGAGGCCUCAUGUGGUUUGGUUUGGAGAAACACUGGAUUCAGAUAUUCUCACCGAUGUGGAGCGCGAGCUGGAAAAGUGUGAUCUCUGUUUAGUGGUGGGCACAUCCUCUAUAGUUUACCCAGCGGCCAUGUCCGCCCCUCAGGUGGCGUCUCGGGGAGUGCCCGUAGCUGAAUUCAACAUGGAGUGUACACCUGCUACUCAACGCUUCAAAUAUCACUUUGAGGGUCCUUGUGGCUCGACGUUGCCCCCGACGCUGGAACGCCACGAGUGCGAGUCCGUUUAAGGGGAAAGAAGGCAUGACCCAUCUGUUCAUCACAUUGAGCACUUUAACUGAGAUGGUUAAGGAUUGGUUCAUGCCAUUGUGGGAUUGGUUUGUGUGAAGAUUAACUGCUAAAUGAUUGGCUGAAAUUAAAUUUUGUUUAGUGACUUUUGAA